UCUAAUUAUAUCGAUUGUUGCAUGUUGUUUUCAUUGAACUAUACGGUUUUCCUUUUCAUCCAGAAAGAUAAAUGUUGUGUCUGGAUCGGCCUCAAUAACUUGAUAUAUCCUUGAUCUGAUGUUGUCCGUUUUUGGAACGAGUAACCAUUUGUUGUCAUUAUGACUCAAGACUUUGAGCGAUUUGAAUGAUAAGCGCGACUCAAUUAUCCCAUAUAAUUUAAGUGCUUCAAUAUGGAUCCCUUAAAAAGUAAUCAUAAGUGUUGAAAAUUAUGGUUUGAAUCUACGGUAAUAGAAGAAAAAUAGUUUUGUUGAAAAUCGUGUCUGGUUUAAAAUAGUGUAUAAACCAAUAAACUUCAGAUAUGUGCGAUUAUGACGGAGGGUACUAUGAUGGGGGAGGUUACACAGAGGAUAUUGUCCACCACGACGUUGUACAUCAUGAUGUUGUCCACCAUGAUGUAAUCCAUGACUACUACCCCCAUCACGUGGAUUACUGUUCGCCCCAUGUUGAUAUUUUCACACCUGGUAUAGGAAUUGGUGUAGGGGUAGGGAGCUAUGUUGGUCCGAUGGUUACUCCAGUGGCGUCCUACCCUGCACCAGUAAUGGGGUAUCCAUCUGGGCCUGCUGUAGGUGUUGGUUACGUGCAGUCAGCUCCAGCUCCAGUUGUCUAUACUAGAGAACCAGAAGUGACAUGUUGUGCAACUUGUACCAUUCUAUGAAACCAAAUGAGAACUUCGUCUUGAACCAAUUUGUUUCGAAGUGUCUUACUUCAUGAUAAUACUUUAUACUGAUAUAUGAUAGAUGAUAGUACAACGAUCAUCUCAGAAAUAUUUUGGAUAUUCUAUAAAAAGAGGUGAAUGAAGUGGUUACAUGAUUUGGCAUACAAUAGCAAAUAUGUGUGCAAAAUCUUAAGAAUGUACCUUUCUGAUUCACCACUUUAUUCUAAACUAGUAAAUGGAAAUGUGAUACUCGAUUUUUUUUUAAUUCAUAUGAAAUUAGCUUCUUCAUAUUUAUAUAUACACUUUUUUACGAAAACUUAAAGCACUUUUAAAUAAAAUUUUCAGGUGUUUGAUGAAAUUGAGAAAUAUUCGAUUAUUUAGAUAUCAAUAUAUUUAUUGUUCUUUAAUAAUUUUAUCAGUACUGUUUGCCUAUGUAACGACUUUCUUAAUAAAGAGAUUCUAAAUUCGUUA